AUGAUCUAUCAGUAUACUACAUACAUUACGUACCUUACAUGUUCCUUAAGCCAGAAUAAUUAUAGUUUCAACCCACCACUAAUGUUAAAUUAUAUUAUGAAUAAUGUUAACGAUUGGUACAUUAAUGCGGAAAGAGAUGAAGAAUACGGAGAUAGAACACACCUACUCCAACAGUCCAGAGCACUUGACGAAUCACUAUCUAAUUUAGCACAAUCUAGAAGCGUUUUAAACGAUACAAACGAGCUCGGUGCGAAUGUUAUGUCUAAGCUACUCAACCAAAGAGAUAGUAUCGUGAGAACAAAACAACUGAUAAGCGAAACCCAAAAUAUACAACAUGAAACCAGAGAUAUCAUCACAUCUAUCGGAAGAUCGGAAUUCUACACCAGAGUUCUCAUGUACCUCACCGUAGUAAUGCUGGUUUUGGCAAUAAUUUUUAUUAUAAUUUAUAAAGUUUUGAAGAAAUAA